GGGCGGCAAGCAGAGGAAGUUGCAUUUGAUUGUGUAAUAAAUGUAAACAAAUAAGAUAUAUUGUAGGUUUCAAGUAUAAAAAUAAUUGUUAUACCUCCUUGGUAGGUUUGGACCUGAAGCUGACAAGUGAGAAAUAGUUGCUACAAACAAUCAAUGAUGCCAGAAUACAGAUCACCAUGGACUUUACAGCAGGUUUGCCUUGAGGCGGUAGGCAGUAACAUGGACUUCUGGUGCAAGGAUUUUGCAGACAAUUUUCAGGUCAUGAAAGCUUUCAAGUACUUCAUUGGACCAUUUGAUAACAUAAGUUCAGUUGUCUGCGAGGUGUUGUUAGAGCAUUUGAUUGGUCAACGCAAUUUAAAACGACCAUAUUUGUAUUUAUUGAUAAAUCCUAGUCUUGUGAAUCUCAACCUUAGCGGAUGUCCUCAUCUAGUGAAAGAUGACAUCAUUAAUGCAGUACUUACGAGGUGCAAGAAUCUCAAGUCUAUAAAUCUCAGUGGAUGUACACAAGUGAAGAAGGAAAUAAUAGUUACCCUUGCAGAGGCAUAUCCUAAUCUUGUUUCACUAGAUCUUAGUGGGACAAAGUGUGUAAAAAUGGCAGCUAGGGCAGUUUUUAAAAACUGCACAAAUCUUAAAGAACUUUUUCUAUCACACUGCCGGAUAUAUGAUGAUGAUCUGUCCAUACUAAUUGACAGCGUGAAUAAUAAAGGAACUCAUAAAAACCUUCGAAGAUUUGAUCUCUACUAUACAGGUGUAUCGUGUAAUGGUUUAGCUUUGGUUGUCCGUAGCCUUCCAUGGGUUACAAUACUAAAACACCAGGACUUGGUGAAGUGUCUUAGUGCUGUGUAUGAUGAGCUAAUCCAGGCUGGACAGGGAGGUUGCAAACCAGAGAAGGAUGUUUACGAAGCAGAACAGAGCAGUUGCAAUACAGGGCACAAAACCUUUAACUUUAGAUCAUUAACUAUACACGAACAUACACACACAUCCAGCAGAGUUCUAAGUAAUUGUUUUAUGCUAUGCCCCCACCUUGUGAAGGUCGAGGUUCUCGAGGUUUAUGGUUACGAUAACAAGUGCUUUUACGAGAUGGGAAGCUUGUCUAUGCUACAAGAUUUGAAGAUUAUUUGCAACAGAAACUGCAAUGUAGACUUCGUGGGUUUACUACAGGCAUUGAAAAAAAUUGGCUCAAAUCUAAAGCACUUAGCUCUUGCGGAUAUUGAGGGACUAAAUCCUCUAAAAAUAGCCCAGUUAUGUCCAAAUCUCAUAGAGCUGUACUUAACUUGCUACGACUCCAAAAUAUCAUUCCACGGAGAACUAGAUGAGGACUGCCCAUCACAAAAAAUUUGUUUACCAAAAUUAAAAAUGUUAACUGUCGGGGGAAAUGGAUUGGCUCCACGAAAUAUCACACAACCAGUGCUAACCAGAUUUUUAUGCGCAUGUUGUGUUGUUGAGAAGUUAAAGCUGGUUCAACUCAGUGAACUAACGGACACUGUUUUAAAUGACAUGUUCAAAGUCAAUGAAAUGCCAUGCUUAACAUCUUUAGAUGUGUCCUGUUGUCAAAACAUUACAAGUAACAGUUUAGACAAGCUGAUCUUAUCUCAGACCAAUAAACUCAGUUCGGUUAAAAUCAUAGACUGCUGGAAUAUAACACAAAGAGAUUAUUCAAAUUGGUUAGCAACUAGCAAAGAGAACAAUAGCAGUUUGAAAAUUGAUUGGUCUUAAAAAUUGGCUGGGCUUCAAAAAUAUAUUUAAAUUAUGUUCAAAUAAUGCAAAUUAUAUACAGACUACAUAGAUUCCAGGCAUUUGAUUAGUUAAAAGCCAGGUAAUAUUUCCAGCCAUGCCUCUGAGCCGGUCAAUAGUGCCUACAAUCUAGGUAGAUGUACAUAAAACAGAUAUUUUAACUCAACUUCGUCUCGGGACAGCCUGCAAAUCAUUAUUUUAAUAAUUGAUAAGGCAUUUAUCAUUAAUUUUAUUAACUUACCUAGUGACUUUAAAUUUGUCUAUGUAUUAUAACUAAAUACAAUGUUUUCUGUCUUUGUUUUAGAUUAAUCUUUCUAUCAUAUUUGCAAUUAAGUCAUUAUCAAUUUUAUUAAUGCAACUUCUUAAUAUUUUAUAUACUUUAAGCUAAUUGUAUUGCAAAAUAGGCUGUUAAAUCCUCCUGAUAUGUUUAUAUUCCUGUAAAUUAUGUUCAAUAAAUAAAUAAAUAAAUCACCUCGUGCUAUAAUUUGAUCCAUG